AUGGAGAAGAGAGACGAGUUUUUGUGCGGGGUUGUUGAAGGUUUCUAUGGUCGACCAUGGUCUAUGGAGCAGAGGAGGGUCCUUUUCCAGUGGAUGCAGAGAUGGGGUCUGAAUACAUAUCUGUAUGGUCCUAAAGAUGAUCUGAAGCAUCGUUUGCUGUGGAGGGAGGUCUACUCCGUCGAAGAGGAAGCCCAGUUGAAGACUCUGGUUUGUGAGGCUGAAUCUAAAGGGCUGAGGUUCGUGUACGCUCUCUCUCCUGGUCAGGAUAUAGUGUUCUCCAGUUCCUGUGACCUUACCCUGCUCAAACGCAAACUCAGACAGGUGGCGGAGCUGGGUUGCCAAGCUUUCGCCAUCCUAUUCGACGACAUCGAUCACUCCAUGUGUCAGGCGGACACCGAGGCUUUCUCCUCGUUCGCUCACGCCCAAGUGUCCGUGGCCAAUGAGAUCUUCCGAUUCUUAGGGGAGCCACCUGUCUUCCUGUUCUGUCCCACUGAAUACUGUGGCUCCCUUUGUAGUCCCAGUGUGGCUAAGUCUCCGUACCUUCUGACGGUAGGAGAGGACCUGUUGCCUGGUAUCUCUGUUAUCUGGACAGGGAAUAAGGUGAUCUCUCGGGAGCUGAGUGCUGAUUCGCUGGCGGAGGUGCAGUCCGUGUUGAAACGCCCUCCCCUGGUGUGGGACAAUCUUCAUGCCAAUGACUACGACUCUCGCCGCGUCUUCCUUGGGCCCUUCAAGGGCCGCCCCCCGGGCCUCCGGGGCCACCUGAGGGGUCUGCUGCUCAACCCCAACUGCGAGUUUGAGGCAAACUACAUUCCCUUACACACCCUCGGCACCUGGCACCAGGCUGGGAAGGAGGAGGGGAAAGAUGAGGGAGACAGGUAUUCUCCAGAGCAGGCCCUGUCUGUUGCACUACAUGACUGGAUACGGGAGCUCAGUCAGCCCCUACAGCCUGGCCGGCAGGCUAGACCCACUGAUGUCAGAUCUUCUGGACCUACCUCCAAAUCAAAGACCGCUGGGUCUUCAGACCCUCAGCGUGGAGUCCAGUCCAAGCCUCCUCCAGAACCCUCUCAGGGUUCAGGCCCCCUUUCUUCCAGCCCCCCCAGGGGUCAGAAGCCUGAGGGAGGAGAGGUGAGGCCGGCCGCAGCCCUCCAUAGCGACGACAAGAGCCUGAGAUCAGAGAACCAGGCCUCCAAGACCUCCAAGGAGAAAAGCCAAGGGAGGGGACUCUGCGCUGGGAAAGCCCCUCUAAGCGAGGCCCAGGUGCGGAUGCUGGUGGGCCUGUACUUUCUGCCCCACGAGCACGGUCCGCCUGCCCAGAGCCUCCUGCAGGAUCUCACCUGGCUCAAAGCAAACUGCCACUGUGUCAGCUCCAACGGCAACGGCAAGAAAGUCCAACCGCAGAAGGUCGAGGAGUGGCGUGUGCGUGCGGCUCGGUUCCUGGCGGCGUGUGAUGACAUCGCCGCGUUGCACGGGAGCGUGGUAAACAGCGUGAACCGGGCUGUCCUCUAUGACCUUUAUCCUUACGUGUGGGACCUGCGCAACACCCUGCUGGUGGCCAAAGCGUUCGUCAGUUGGCUGGAGGGGCGAGUACUGAGUGAAGGUUCUCCACUGGGCUCCUGGAAGAACUGCUUUCACUGGUGUGGGGCCUCCUCGGGGGCGGAGUUACUGGGGGUAGAGGCGGAGCCCUGGGUAUUUAAAGGAGGAUUGGCCGGAGAGGUGCAGAUGUUACUGCCUGUGGGCACCAGCAGUGAGUUAUUUAGUCACCCUCCACCUCUGUUUCCCACAUCUCGUCUCUACAACAUCAGGCCCUUCCAGCACAAAGACAAGGUGGAGCUAUACCGUAUGGUGCGUCAGCUCUAUCAGAGGAUACGGGGGCAUCAGGACUGUGGCUUUGCCCAUCCAGAUUUCAUUGGUGACCGGUGUCUGGGGGCGUCACUGGCCUUGUGCCCAGAGUACAGUUUUGUUCUAGAGGACGAGUUGGGUGUGUGUGGUUGUGCCGUUGGCAUCCUGGACGUCCGUUCUUUCGUCAAGCGAUGCCAAGCCUCGUGGCUGCCAGCCAUGAGGGACAAAUACCCCACCCGUGCCCACGGGGCCAAUGGGCACGCUGCUGCAAAGGAGGCGCUGCAGUGUUUCCAGGAGGACCAGCAGGACUACCCAGACUCCCUGCUCUACCAUUUCCCCUCCCAGCUGAGGCUGGACGCAAUGCCUGAACUGGUGGACUGCAGCGUGAGCCGCAGUCUUCUCACUGCCCUGCUCAGUGCACUCAAAGCUAACGGUUCGCAGGGUGUGUUCUGUGAGGUGCAGCCUACAGAUCGUCUGAGGCUGGAGUUCCUCACUAAGCUGGGUUUUCUGGAGAUCCUGCGUGGAGAGGCCAGGACCAGGGAGGACGUGGUGCUGGGGAGGCUGCUCUAA